GUUUGACAUGAACGUCAAACGAACUGUCAACGUAAAAUUAAUUGUUUAGUCUUUGUCUUGGUUUUAUUGUAAACACAAUAUUUUCAUGUUGUUUGUUCUUUGGUGGACUCUUCCUCAUUAUUUGAUAAAACAAUAACUAUAAAGAGUUUUAAACGUUAGAUAAUUGGAGGAGAAGAAAAGUCUGAAAUAAUUGAUACUUGGAAAAAUGAAAAGAUAUUGUGGUGUAAAAUCUUGCGAACAUUAUUAUGGCACCACACGCUCGGACGUCCGAUUUUUCAUGUUACCAAGGACUGAUCCAGAGCUGUUGGCAAAGUGGGUGAAAGCCGUCAAUAUAAAAGGAGGAACCAUUUGUCGAUUAUGCAGUAACCAUUUCAGAGAUGAGGACAUACGACGGACUGAAACAAAAAUAACUUUGAAGAAAGGCACCGUUCCAAUACCUGUUCCUGUGCCGAAGACCGAAACAUUGGAGGAACCUUCCACACAAGACCCUCCCACAGAGAACAUAAAAAUAAUAGAUAUCGCAGAAAUUAAAAGACCUUCAGAUCAACGGGAAUUUUGUCAAUCUUGCAUUGAUUAUGAAGAACAACUGCAAGCGGCUCAUGUAAGGAUAGCGCAGUUGGAACAAAAACUAAGCAGAUUGCAAUUGGUCAUUGAAAAUAGAACGGUGGACAAUCGAAUUGGACAAGAAUCACCCGAAGAUUUUACUCAUCUCGAAGUAUCAAGAGACGAUAUCAAACUCGAAAAACAGGAUUCCCCGAUUGAACACGUUGAACUGGUUUCAAUCGAUGAAAUAAAAUCAAAUAACUGUUCGAUGUUGCCAGCUUCUUUGCUUAACGUUGAGAUGGAUGAAUCAUCGAGCGACGAGGCACCGGUAGGGCCAGUGAGCGGAUCAUCAAAAGAGAUUGAACCAGAUAACGAAUUAUUUGGAACAAAAAGCGUAACAGACGCAACUCUCGAAGCAGAUCAUUCAGUUCUCAAACCAUUUCAAUGCGGAAGCUGUUAUAUGUCAUUCGAUUUGCCAUGGAAAUUAGGCAGUCAUAUAAGAAAAAUGCAUACAACACAAUUCGCGUUGCCUAAAAAGAGUAGAAGUACCACCAGAAGGAAAAAAGAAGAGAAAAGCUUCCAGUGCUAUUUGUGCCAAACGAGUUUCAGUACUAUGAAAGAAGUUCGAGUUCACAUGGAACGCCAUAAAAGAGAUCAAAAAUGCAAGAUCUGCAGAACAGCACUAACUGUCAACGAGCUGAAUUCACAUUUAUGUGGCGAAGAAAGAAGCAUUGGUUGCGAAUAUUGUUCAAAUGAAUUCACCAUAACGGCAAAACUGUUAGAGCAUUUGAAAACGGAUCAUGCAACGAAAAAGAUGCAUAAAUGCGAAAAAUGUCCAACAUUCUUGGCAAUGAUUGCUCUGAAGGAAUUUCACAUGAAGUCACAUGAGCUCGAUGCACCGAAGCGAUUUAUUUGCGAAAUCUGUUCCAAGGCUUUUGCUUCAAAACUACGUCUUAGAGGUCACAUCGAGAGACACGAUCAGAUAAAAUCGCAUCUCUGCGAUGAAUGUGGCAGAAGUUUUGCAUCCGCACGGAAUUUGGAGCUUCAUAACUCAAGCAUUCAUAUUGGAGAAAAGACAAAGACACUCCAGUGCCCAGAAUGUCCCAAGACUUUUUACCAAAUGAAAUAUUUAAAACUACAUAGCCUAACACAUCGAGAAGAUAAAUAUGUGUGCGAAAUAUGCGAAGCAGAGCUUGUAUCGAAGAAAGCACAUGAACAGCAUUUGAGGAAACACAAAAGGACAGAGGCCGACCGAAAACAUGCCUGCACGUUAUGCCCACUGAAGUUCUUCGAAUCGACAACAUUGAAAUCUCACCAGAAAGUACACACUGGUGUGAGAUCGUUCAGUUGCAAAUUUUGCAAGGCAAACUAUAAAUACUUAGGGGAUUUGAACAAACACUUGAAGACUCAUCUUGGGCCGAAAAUUCAUGAAUGUCCAAAAUGCUUUGAGCUAUUCGAAUACAAAGAUCUCCAAAAACACGAAAUCGAACAUUACAAAGAAGAAAAACGAGCGAGAGAAAUGAACGAGUAAAAGCGACAUUUUUACUGAAACUAAAUUCAAAGUUUUUAUUACAAUAGCGACUUAAUGUGAAUAGAGGAAAAAAUAAAAAAAACAGAACAUCAUGAUAAAAUUUAAAGCAAA